UAGAGUGACUUUCACUCGAUCGUCUAUAAUUUCAGCUUUGUUCAACUUUCCCAGAGUCGUGAAAUUUGAAUCGUUGCUUGUGUCUAUUUCACUAUCUACCUGGAGUAGACUCAUUUGAACAGUAGAGCAAACAAUUGUAAAAUUUUAGCUUAAGCUACUAAUCCAAUUAUUGUUUUCACUAAUUUCAACUAAGAAUACAUAGGGAAAUUAUACAAAAUUUAACAUUGAGGAUCAUGAACAAAUAAAUUAAAAACAUGUUCCAACCACUAUCACUACAAUUCAGAUUCAACUUAACAAAACUUGUUUUCUUUUCUUUCCAUUCUUUUGUUCCUUUCUUCCCUUCCCUGGAUAUCAUCUUCUCUCAAUUUCACAUGAAAACAACAACUACCUCUACGGCUUCAACAAAUACACCUAAUAAUGGAAACGUCAAAAAUGAUGUUAAAAGUGAUAAAACAACUUUGAAAUCAGUUGCAGUGCAAUCUUCAUCUGUCAUUACAUGUGUCACUUCACCCAUGAAUUCAGUUGCGUCCUCAACAUCAACUGUUGCUCCAACUCGAAAGAAGUCAAUUGAUGAAUGAAAGGGGAAAACAAGCGAUACAUUCAGUUUCUAGUUCCAUUAAAAUAUCAGACACUAAACGUGUCAUUAAACCCAAAGUGAUCAACACUAAAUUGACUCCAAUGGUGAAUCAAAUCAAUUUAAAGCCAUCGAUAACUUCAGUGUUGCCUUGUUCAACUCAAGUAACUACAGUUACAUUAAAUAAUUAAAUAUGUUUGUGAAGUCUGUUGAACAGGGAAACGGAUAAAAGAUUCAUGAAUGGUUAUGAUAACAUUGGAUUAACUCCGAUCAUUUGUUCUCAGUCUACACCUAAAGUUACAUCAACUAGUACUGUAUCUUCGAUAACUGCAACAACAAUGAUAACAACAACUUCGCAUAGCGCUAAAACAAAAUUCAUCUCAAAACAUUUGAGUCAAAUGAACAAUGAAAGUGAGAAGCGUAAAGAAUCUGAUUGCAAAUCCGAUAAAUCAGAAGCACCUCGUAAACAGAUGAAAGUAUCUCAAGUCAAUGAUAAAAAAUUCACAAUUGUCAGUAACUUCAUCUAACCAGAACGAUUCAUCAAAAUUACCAUCAGCACCGACAAGCCCAAAAGCAUCUUCCACUCAAAUCAAUACUAUUUAUAAAGCAGCUUCCAAUAAUGUCGUGAACAAAAUAACACGAGAUGUCAAUGAAAAUUGUAAGACUUCACAUUCAGUUGGGACAUCAAUUUCACCCAAUAAUUCACAAACCUCUGUGAACGCACCUAAAAAUGUUCCAUCUUCCGUUAUAACAAAUACAGUAUCAGCUGGAAAUUCAAAUGCGUCCAAUUCUAAGUCUAAUAAUAACCAAUCAACUAAUAGUGAAGUUAAGAGCAAAGGUAUUAAGUUUGAUGAUAAAGUAGUAAAGUCACCAAAUUCAAUAAAAGCACCGUCAAUUAGUUCAUCUCAACCAUCAACAGUAACUUCAAAAUCACUUUCAUCUUCUUCUUCAUCUUCAUCAACUCAUUUAGUUAUAGCACCUUCACCAUUACCGUCUACUUCAUCAUUAUCGCCUUCACCUAAAUUAACAUCGACUUCAACUUCAGUUAGUUCAUCUCAAUCAUCAACAAUAUCAACAUCGGCUUCAAACUCAUGUACAUCAACAUCAACCCCAACUUCAACAAACGUUGUAUCUUCAUCCUUUUAUCCCACAACUACAUCAACAUCAUCUUCCACAUCGACAUCAAUAAUUCGUUUAAUGAAUAAUCAAAAGCAAAAGGUAAAACAUUCAGGUCAAGGUGAUAAACGUCACCGAAAAUCACCAAAACAUCUAAUUCACAGUCUCAUAACAACAAGAAUAACCAAUCAACUAAUAGAGAAGUCAAGAGCAAUGGUAUUGAGGUUGAUAAUAAAGAAGUAAAUUCAUCAAAUGCAAUAAAAUCACCUUCAGUUAGCUCAUCACAAUCAUCUUCUUCACCAUUAAAUUUAGUGUUGUCACCAUCACCUUCACCUUAAUUACAAUUGAGGAACUUACUUUUACUUUUGUUGAACGGUAGAUCCUGGUAUAGUUAAUAUAAAUAAUAGAAUGACAAUAUUUUUAAAAUAAACUUGAAAAUAGCGUUGGUGUGAGUUGAAACAGUUGUUACGUUGGUUAAACAAAAUUACGUUGGAGGACAAACAAGUGUACCAAAGGGUUAAACUGAAAUGUAACGGAACAAGAACGGAUUUUUUCUUCUUUUUUAUACUUUCCAUUCCCACCCUUUCCUGUGUAACCUUCCCUUAAGAUUUAACAUAUUUACUUGGGUGCGUUACACUCCGUUCUUAAAUUUGAUUUAAUGUUCAAUUUAAUAUAUAUUUUAAUACCACA